AAACCAUGAUAUCCCAGCCUAGGACACCCGCUUUGAGGCUUCCCAAACCGUCAUUGCUGCCAACACAGAAGAUCCGUGCCAGCAGGCGCUCACAGUCUGUGCAAGUCCGCUGCGCAGUAAUGCCCACUCCACCUCCAUGGAUGGGCAAUGCUGCAUUGGCUGUAGUAGCUGCAACCAUCUCAUAUGCCUGUUAUAAGCUCGUCCGCCUAGCGUUUGCAGAUGCGGACCUUUACCUGCUAAGCUUAGGGAAACACCGAGCAAACGCAUAUAGGGACAAAGUUAUAUGGAUUACUGGUGCAAGCCAAGGCCUAGGCGCAGUACUUGCAAAGUACUUUGCCGGCUUCGGUGCCCGCAUCAUCCUCAGCUCGCGGGACGCAGCAAAGCUGGAAGGCGUCAAGGCAUCGCUUGGGCUCCCGGACGAGCGAGUCCUGGUGCUGCCGUUCGACCUCUGCAGCGAUUACUCGGAGCUGGAGAAAGCAGCAGCAGCAGCGGACCAGGCGUUCAAUGGGGCGGGAAUCGACUACCUCGUCCACAAUGCAGGCGCCAGCCAGCACGCGCUCGCCUCCGAAACCAGUGCCCAGGUUACCGACCAGCUGAUGCAGCUCAACGCGCUGGGGCCCAUCAAGCUAACCCGCGCCGUACUACCGUAUAUGCUGCAACGUAACCGCGGGCGGUUGGUGGUGGUUGGCUCCAUGAGCUCCAAACUGCCCAGCCCCGGUCAGGCGGUGUACGCGGCGGCUAAGAUGGCGCUGUACGGCUACUUCUCCUCCCUGGCCACCGAGCUAGCGGACACCGGUGUGGGUGUCACCCUCUGCUGCCCCGGCCCGCUGGCCACUGGUUCAGAGGAGGCCCCCCGAGUGGUGUUCGGACCCACGGGUCGCAUCGUGCAGAACGCCACCGGCGCCGCCAACCGCCUGGAGCCGGGGCGAGCCGCGCAGCUGAUCGCCGCUGCGGCGGCUCACGGACUGGACGAGGUGUGGAUCGCGCGGCACCCGGUGCUGGCGGUUGGCUACAUCUUCCAGCUGCUGCCCCGACUGGGUUGGCGGCUGCUCAAGAAGGUAGGCCCCAAGCGGGCUCGGGCGGUGCAGGCGGGCAGGAGCGGCUACGACGUGGGAAAACUGAUGCGGGCGACGUGAGUGAGGGCACGUGAGGGGCCGCGACGGCUCGAGCGACGGCACGCGGUCGCUUGGUGGCAGAGCUUGACGAGACCGCAUGGCCCUUGGGGUUGGCGGCAGGGUUUGCUAGGCCCGUGGGAGCUAGCAACUUAACCUUACGGAGAGCUAGCGCGAUGCGGGGGCCAGGAGGCACUCCGGUGCGGGGCCCGUGCGGAGUGAUGCUAGCAAGGGGCGCGUGUGGAAGGGGCGUCCGAGCGCACGGGAGCGCCUGCGGGGGAGGGGGGGCAAGGAGGGGCUUGCAGUGCAUGCGGACCGGCAGUAGCGGUGCGUUAUCUGAGGCCCCCCUGGCCGGUUCAUGUCAGCCUUACAGUGUUGCAGGUUCAUGCACUCAUGCGUACCGGUAUACGCCGCAAGGCGUGUGUUGAGGAGGGGAGAGGUGCACACCGCAGCAGGUGUGUAUAUGCGCAGGCAGGGUGUACGGGGUUACGUACACGGUUGUGAGAGAGGUGUUGGAGUUGGCUGCGGGUACCUUCAUACCCACGAACAGCGGUUCCUCGUCGGUCCAGCUGUCCUGCCGGUGUUUAUUAUUGUUGGGCUGUGCGACAAAGCGCUUUAGCCGGGAGCGCUGUUGCCUCGCCAACCACUGCACCGUGGCCGUACACUCCUCAGUAACUCACGAAGCAUUG